AUUCAUUUAGCCGACCUUAAAUCAUUUUGGUACUAACGCUUUGUUGUUGUUGUUGUUGUUAAAGUGUUUUGAGGCCAAUCCCCGCGAAGAAUGUUCAUCUUCCUUGGAAGCGGUGAGCACAUAGCGCGACAGCGAACAGUCAGCGGUUGUAGCACGGCAUAUUUGAACAAUUGACGCCCUCCAACGACUGCUCUCUUUCUCCAAAACCCUAUAAAUAUUAAUAUCAACAUUAAUUUUAUUAAUCUAAUUAAUCCUUACUACUCUAUUUGCAGAUCUUGCACUUCACUCACACCGUUAAAAUAUCAGAAUUAGCUGAAUAUGGCUUCUGAGAAUGCUCAUGUGAAUUGCCUAGGAUGGGCCGCUAGAGAUGCAUCAGGAGUGCUAUCACCUUAUGAAUUUAAUCGCAGGGCAGUUGCAGCAGAUGAUGUAUCAAUUAAAAUUACACAUUGUGGAGUGUGUUACGCGGAUGUGGUAUGGACAAAGAACCUUCACGGAGAUGCCAAGUAUCCUGUGGUGCCGGGGCAUGAGAUUGUUGGAACAGUGAAAGAGGUUGGGGCGAAUGUGAAUCGUUUCAAAGUUGGGGAUCAUGUUGGAGUGGGAACUUAUGUCAACUCAUGCCGAGACUGUGAGUAUUGCAAUGAGGGGAUGGAGAUUAGUUGUGUAAAAGGAUCAGUCUUUACGUUUAACGGAGUUGAUUCAGAUGGUACAAUCACAAAAGGAGGUUACUCUAGCUCUAUUGUUGUUCAUGAAAGGUACUGCUAUCGGAUACCUGAGAAUUAUCCCUCACAUUUGGCUGCACCAUUACUAUGCGCUGGAAUAACAGUUUACUCUCCAAUGAUGCGCCAUAAUAUGAACCAACCUGGUAAAAGUCUAGGGGUGAUUGGCUUAGGUGGUCUUGGACAUAUGGCUGUAUUGUUUGGUAAGGCUUUUGGACUGAAAGUCACAGUUUUUAGUACCAGCAUAUCAAAGAAAGAGGAGGCCUUGAACGUACUUGGUGCAGACAAUUUUGUCAUUUCAUCUGAUGAACAACAAAUGAAGACCCUGGCUGGAUCAUUGGACUUUAUAGUUGAUACUGCAUCUGGAGAUCACCAGUUUGAGCCAUACUUGUGGCUUUUAAAGACUUUUGGUGCUUAUGUUCUGGUGGGCUUCCCAAAUGAAGUGAAAUUUAGUCCUGCCAGUCUUUUAAUAGGCAUGAAGACUUUCUCUGGUAGCAUAACUGGUGGUACUAAAGUUACUCAAGAAAUGUUGGAGUUCUGCGCUGCAAAUAAGAUAUACCCAAAGGUAGAAGUUGUUCCCAUUGAAUAUGCAAAUCAAGCUCUUGAGAGGCUCAUUAAAAGGGACAUCAAAUAUCGUUUUGUGAUCGAUAUCGAGAACUCCCUCAACUAAUAUCUUCCACUAGGCCAAACGUCGAAAUACUAUACUUGAACAGGCUUACACAUCAUACAAUGAUACAUUCAGAUUUAUUUUGGUUUAUUGAGCAUUUAUAUACAUGAAUAAGCUUAUUAUAACAGGUCAUAUCAGGCAUUAUUUGCUAUCUUGUUGAAAACAUUACAAUAUUACUAGUAUGAUCGAUUUUCUAUGUACUGUGUAGAAUGCAUUCUGCAAUAAUUACAAAUUAUUACUCAUAGUUGCAUCA